AUGAGAUACGACGCUAUCGCGCCGUUUUUAUUUUUCUUUGAUUUGCUUGUAUUUCUACUGAAAUCGAUUUAUCAGGCCUUGAUGCAAUUUUUAACAAGACGGUUGGCGAAAACGCCAUUUCAGAAGUUUGCGCUCUCUUUUUCGAGAAGGUUGAGCUCUGAUAUAGCAUUUGUAUUUGAUAUUGAUGGUGUUUUAGUCCGGGGCUCUCAUCCUCUACCUAAAGCAAAAGAAGCCUUGGAACUACUUAACAAACAUAAAGUGCCGUUCAUCCUUAUGACAAAUGGAGGUGGAUACAGCGAGAAGAUUAGAACUGACUUCUUGAGCUCAAAAAUUGGGUUCCUGAUAUCUCCACUACAAUUGGUUCAAAGUCAUACGCCUAUGAAAGCAUUAGCCCACGAAAAUGGCUACAACAGGGUUAUGGUUGUUGGUGGUCCACAGGACAAAGCUAGGCAUUGUGCUUUAGGUUAUGGAUUUCAGGAUGUUAUAAUGCCAGUAGACAUCGUUAGAGCCUUCCCUGGAGUGUCACCACAUCACAGAUUCAAUGAAGAAGAGUUAAUAAAUUACGCAUUGGAACCCUCGAAGUCUCAUUUAGAUAAGCCUAUUGAUGCCGUUCUUGUCUUCAAUGAUCCAAGGGACAUGGGUACUGAUAUACAGAUUGUCUCAGAUAUGCUAAACUCUCAGAAUGGUAAGAUUGGGACGAAAAGAAACACAAAGGAAUUAAAGAACAGAGAGGACCCAGCGAUACCAAUUAUAUUCAGUAACAAUGAUUUCGUUUUUGCCAGUGAUUAUCCAUUGCCCCGUUUUGGCCAAGGGGCCUUUAGAAUCAUAAUUGAGCAAUUGUACAGAGAAAUUAAUGGUCUAGACUCCCAUGAGAAUUUGCAUUCUAUUAUCAUGGGCAAGCCAUUCAAGAUUCAAUAUGACUUUGCUCAUUUUGUCCUCAUUGACUGGAGGAAGAAGCUUAUGGAAAACAGAAUACAUGAUACAAAUCAGACGUUACCUGAACUCAACAAGGCCCCUGCUGACUCACCCUUUAGUAAAAUCUACAUGGUUGGCGAUAAUCCAGCUUCGGAUAUUAAAGGUGCGAACGAUCAUGGCUGGGAGUCGCUUUUAGUGCGUACAGGAGUGUUCAAGGAUGAUGACUGGGAUUCAAUCGUGGCCAAGCCAACCGGCGGUGUUUUUGAUAACGUUCUAGAGUCAGUGAAAUAUGCCUUAGCUCAAAAUAGAAUCAUCUAA